UCAAGAAAUGGCAGACAGUGGAACAAAUGGGGAAAGAACAAGCGGGGAUAAAGGAAGUGGCAGGCCUCUCCAGCAGUCCCACAGUCCAGCUUUUGGCAUGUCCCCAGUCAGCACCCCAUCCCUUGGGACCAAGAGGCAUCUCCCUCGAGGGAUUGUGAUCCAGCUGACUGGUACAGAGGGAGAGUGGGACAGUCUGGAUGACACUGAGCUCAUCUUCUCUCUUGACCACGAUGAAGACUGCCCCUCUAUAUCCCUCUCCAAGGAGAGGCAGCUUUCUGUUGAGGAUGACAAGUGUUUGCAGUCCCAAGCUUUCCAUGUUCCUCUUUCUCCCUCGUCUCCUGGCUCUCUGGGAAACUGCUCUAUUGUUGGGCCCAGCUUCCUCUCCCCAGGCCCUUCCUCACCUACCCAUCGACCCCUUGCAAGCCUGGUCAAGUCUCUCUCCACUGAGCUGGAGCUCAAGGAAGGUUCCUCCCUCAGACCUAAGCCCCUUCUCAGCCUUGUAAAGUCAAUCUCCACAGAGAUCUCCCGCUCAGAGCCUGAAGUGUCGCAGUCAAAAUCAGACUCUCGCCUCAACCUCCACCUAUGGAAGCAGCUUACCCAAUCAAAAACCCGCAGCAAUGGGGACUCUCGCACUGCACCCCCUUCUCCUAGCUCACUCUCUCCUAGUGGGGAGGGUCUGAAAGGGGGUUUCUUCAAAAUGGAGUUGGAAGACACCAAGAGGAAGCUCUCAGAGGCUGUACAUGAGCCUUUGAGCAGCAUGUUCAGCAAAAUCAUGAGAGAGGAGACAGCAGGCAGCCCCAAGCACCAUAAUAAGACCCAGUGGGGUCAUCAGGUCAGCUCCAGAGGUUGUGAAGGUAGCACAGACACGGUUCUUUCAGAGUCUCCUGUGAGGAACACUAAGAAAAUAGAUGCUGAUGUUUUACCUGUGUUUGACUGGCCUUCUGUUAGAUAUCUGAGAAGAAGCCACCGUAGUCCCUGCCCUGUGCAUCACCAAAAACAGUACAGAGAUGAGGAGCUGGAAGUGUGUACAGAUGGUGACUUGAUGCAAGUAUUAGCAAUUGAAAAUCACGGGUCAUUGAGGAGAUCACCUGCUGGUCCCCAGGCCCUUGCACCAGCCUUGGUUAGGACUUCUCCUCCUUCUCGGCCCCCUCAUCCUCUACCGUGCAUGAGUUUAUUCUGUGUGGCAGUGUUGUCCUAUGGCUAUUUCAUCCUACCUCUCAGUCCGUACUUCUCUGGCCUGGCUCUGGGGUUGGCAUUGGGCUUCUUACUAGGAUUGUUGCUCAUCAGGAUGGGUUCCUCGAGGUCGCGCUGCUCAGAUAUGCCAUACAGACCACCACAGACUCUGCUGGGAGCGGGGAUUCUGACAGGUAUCACUGUCACCACUGAGCCUGACACCCUCAAGGGCUGGAUGAAUGAGAUACAUGAUUACGACCCAGAAACCUACCAUCCAGCUCUGACUCACUCUGUGUUUGCCACCCUGGAGGGCUCCUGCCUUCGUCUGGACUCCCCUCGUAACAACAUUAGUCGGAGAGCCACAUAUGAUGAGAGAGUCCUUGAGGCCACCUUUGUCAAGUCACGCUCCUUUCAGCUUGCAAGGAGCAAAGUAUUCCUGCUGCCAUCUGUGUUGGCUCGGAAGAGAAUGUGGAACCCAAAGUAUCCCAUCUGCAUCCAACUGGCGGUGGGAGCAAACUCCCAAGGGGAUGAUAGAGGAAGGUCAGAAGAUAGUUGGGGAGAGGAGCCAGGAGAAGAAACAAAACAAGCAGAAAGUCCACAACAGAGGUCCUCCAAAGACGUCCAUGACCAUCUCACCACGCUCUACCUCUUCGGCCGCACAGGACGAGAGAAAGAAGAGUGGUUUCGUCACUUCCUGUUUGCAUCCAUGGAUACAGAGAGGGAAAAAGAGGGAGAAAAACAGAGGCCUGGCAGAUGUGCUUCCAGAUUGGGUAUGAGAAAUGGUGAUGCAGCAGUGGUACAAAGCAUUAGCCCCUCAGGCAAUGCACCAAGCAGCAGAGUCUCCAGCACACUGGGGAGCAUUGACGAUGACGCCCCUUCCAUACCUCACCCCUGCAUCUCUCAUGCAGCUCAUGUCAGCAAGGCCUCCAGUAGCAGCAGGGGCCUUUCCAUAUUAGACUACCCACACUACAUGGCUCGUCUCCUGGCCACCGAGGAAUUGACCCCCCUCUCCAGUCCUGGAGCCAGCAGCACAGACACAAGCCCCACUAUCAAAGGAAAUUGUACCUGUGAUUUAGCAUAUCACCCUGAGACAAGCCAAACUGCAUGGGCUAAUGCUCUGAUUGGUCGAAUCUUCUGGGACUUCCUGAGAGAGAAGCACUGGGCCAACAUGGUUUCCCACAAGAUCCAGAAGAAGCUCAGCAAAAUCAGACUGCCUUACUUUAUGAAUGAGCUGACUCUGACUGAGUUGGACAUGGGCUGCUCUAUGCCUCAAAUCACCACUACCUCCAGACCUGAAGUCAACCCCAGAGGCCUAUGGGUGGAGCUGCAGCUGGCCUACACCGGUGCCCUGCAGAUGACCCUGCAGACCAAGUUCAAUCUGUCCAAGCUGGGGAAAGAGGGGGGUCAGGAUACAGACUGUCCAGCUGAAACUCGCAACCCACGGCCCAUCUUCAGUGUGCUGGCAGACAGCGAUGAGGAGUCCUCCAGUGCUGGUUCAUCUGAUGAGGAAGAGCUGCUAGUGUCUGAGCCUCAGGGUCCAGUGGGAGAGAAGGGAUCUACACCAGCUACUGAUGGGACAGGAGGUGGAAAGACUGGGAGGAAGAUUUUGAGAUUUGUGGACAAAAUCACUAAAUCCAAGUAUUUCCAGAAGGCGGCAGAGAACGAGUUCAUUAAGAAGAAGUUUGAGGAGAUGUCCAAUACACCCCUUCUUCUCACUGUUGAGGUUCAAGAGCUAUCAGGGACUCUGGUUGUCAACAUCCCACCACCUCCUACAGACAGGAUAUGGUACAGCUUCUGUGUGCCCCCCAAGCUGGAUCUUCAUGUUCGUCCCAAACUCGGGGAGAGGGAGGUGACUUUUUGUCACGUGACCGAGUGGAUUGAAAAGAAACUGCAGGAUGAGUUCCAGAAAGUGUUUGUACUGCCAAACAUGGAUGACAUCUAUUUACCCCUGAUGCACUCUGGGGUGGACAGUCCUGAAGCAUCGCAGCAUCUGUCCUCUCAGUCUCAACGGUCCCAAAGCUCCUCUACAGAGUCCAUAGAGAGGAUCCCACCAGAGAUUUCUGGGGCAGAGUCUGACUAGUGCCUCGCUGUUGAUGAUCAAAUAGAGCUGAACCUUCAAAACUGAUUCAGUACAUUGUAUAUUCACAGAGGGAGAAGGGGAAAAAGAAUGAGAACCGAACCAAACAGAACAUCAAAUUACUUUUGCCUCUAUAGACUUCAGUAGCUCUUAGACAGACUUACUAACCCUCGUGUUUACAUCUGAACCAGGAGUUUCUAAGGGUCUGAUGUUUAGCGCUGUAGAUGUUGUGGAGAGUCUGGGGUUUGUUUGCACCAUCUAAAAGAGAAUAACUAAAAGAAUAACUGUACAAACAACAGCAAGUGAUACCUUUUGCAAAUGUUUACAUGCAAAUGAUCCCUAUGAGAUUAUAGACAUAUAUAUAUGUUUAUUUGCUGCUUUUAUGUUUACAGCUCAGUGUCACUUUGGAUAUAAAAUGGGCAUAAAAUAAAAGCUUGAAAGCAUAACUGG